CACGAUCCCUGCUCCACCUGAUAUUUGAUCGCUCCUGUAAGAAUUUUCCGAAUUUUCAUCUAUUUGUUGCAAAAAUUUUGUGUUCGACUUUUGCCUGUGAACGUUGAGCGAGAUGGCCACUGCAGAAGCUUCUGCAGCCAGUACUGAGGCAGAAGCUCGAACCCCUGGCAGCAAAAGACUCACAAUGUUCCUCUCGUGCGUGGACAGUUUGAAUCUCAAACUCACAGAAGAAUAUAAAGAGUGUAUUCAUCAGUUAUUUGGACCCUGCUUUGAGUCGCAUCCACAGUACGUUGACAAGAUUUGUGAAGCGUUUAUGAAGUCAUUCAAUCAGGAUGUCAAAAAGAGAUUGAAUCGUUUCCUGCAGGACAACAAAGUUGCUCAGAAACUGAAGGAACUGGAGGAUAUUUCGGAGCAGCCUUGCGAAGGCGUCAGCAAAGCUUGGAGACCAACUGGAAAAACUGCAUUCCAGCAUCAGCUGGCCCCUGACAUCGAAGUUAAGGUGAAAAUGAUGGAGAAAUUGAAGUUGGAUCUGGCUAAGGAGGAGUCUAAGCUCAAGGAUUUGAUGGCUACAGUGGAAAAGCAAAGGGAGGAGUACAAGAAAGUGAAGGAAACCCUUGAAACUUACAAAAAUCGCAAGGAGGAAUUAAUUGCAGAACUGGAAUAUGCUGAAAAAAUAAUGUUCAAAGGAGAUGAUUGAUUUUUAUUCAUCUAAUAUGUAAAUAAGAAGUAAUUCCAUAUUUAAAAAAAUAAUAAUGCUCUCAUAAAUUUAGAUGAAUCCUUGUAAAAUACGACUAGAAAACAUUAAAAUAUUUUUUUGUAUUUUUUAUUGAAAUAGUUUACUAUUUUUAUUAACAUAAACUCUUAAUGAUGCUCAUAAA